CAUUUGGAGGUCUCACGUCGCUCAUUCACCACUGCACACACCUCUGGACAGGCUUGACAAUCGCUCCUUCACCAGCUCACUGCGAGCUGAUCAGACCCACCUGCACCUUCAUUUGAGCGUUCAGAACACAGAGCACAGGCUCUCAAUCUUCACUCCGUUUGCUUCGCCUCGAUCAAAUCGGACCUUGCCGUCCAUCCAAAGCUCUUCAACCCAUCCAAAGCUUUUAGCGGAGACACCUUUCCGACAAUGUCGCACGCUCAGUCAGACGAUGUCAUAUGGUCCUUGAUCGGUCAUGGCUUUUGCUCUUUCAAGCUCUCCUCUCCCAGCAUCAAGACGCAUCAGACCUUUUGCAGGAACGCGUACAACUUGACCGGGUGGUGCAAUCGACAAUCUUGUCCGCUGGCCAAUGCGCGAUACGCUACAGUGCGCGACGUCGAAGGUACAGUGUACCUAUACAUCAAGACUCCCGAAAGAGCUCACGCUCCCUCAAAAUUGUGGGAAAGGGUCAAGUUGUCCAACAAUAUCGAAAAGGCGAUGAAACAGAUCGACGAAGAGCUGCCAUUUUGGAACAAUUUCGUCAUCCACAAAGCCAAGCAGAGGUGGAUGAAGAUCAAGCAGUACAGGGAUAAGAUGAGGAGCUUGGCAAAGGUUGCUGAUGAGCAACCCAAGCUGGUGGGAAUCAAGAAAAAGACGGAAAGGCGAGAGGCGAACCGAGAGAACAAGGCGAUGCGGGCUGCGAGAUUAGAGAAAUCCAUCGAGGCGGAGCUUUUGAGCAGGUUGAAGUCGGGCUUGUAUGGAGAGGCACCACUAAACGUUAAUGAGGACAUUUGGAGGCGAGUGAUAGAGGAGAAGGCCGAAAAAGAAGGCUUGCAAAUCGAGAGGGAGGAAGAGCUUUUGGAUGAGCAGGACGAAGAGGACGAGUGGGACAUGGAUAGUGAGGAUGAGCUGGAAGAAGAGGAAGACUUCGAUGGGGUUGGGGAUCGGGAAUUUGUGGAGGAUGAGGAUUCGGAUGAUGAGCUGGACGACUUGGAAGAGAUUGACGAGGAGGAGGAAGACGACGAGGAUGCCGAGUCUGGCGCUUCUUCUGAGGAUCUCGAAUCGGACCUCUCAGACUCUGCUUCGGAGUCAGCAGACACCGCAGCCGACCCGAAAGCAGGUCGCAAACGGCCGGCUUCGGACGUACCGCCCAAGAAAACGUUGGACAAGAGAGUGAAAGCUGCCCCUCCUCGUGCAAGACUGCCCAAGAAGCCAGCCCCAAAGAAAGGCAAGAAAGGCUCAGGCGGAGCUCCCAAUCUGGAGGUGGAAUACGAGCAAGAGACGGUCCCGCUUUCGAAAGAGUCCAUCGCCAAUUGGUAGUCACGUAUUUGCGAGCUCUCACACAGAGAAGUCUCUUCCGUCAUGUGGUUAGGAGCAAGACAGACUGAUCGAGAGCUUUCGCAGGUCGCACUUGCCAUUUCAGAGCGUUCAAGACGGCCGGGAGUGUACAAUAUAUCGGUUGCGAACGCGCUGCGGUGGAAGCUACAGGUUGCCGUGCGAUGUGGGACAAAAAAGGGGCGGUUUCAGCACGCUCGCUGCAGGGAUAGUCUCAGCAGAUCCACCAGGUCAGUGCCUCUAUUCUC